AUGAAGUUUGGUAAUAAGAUAUUGGCCAAGUCUGUCCCGGAGUGGAAGUUAAAUAAUAUAGACUAUGAAAAGUUGAAGAAAGCUAUUAAGCGUGCAACCACAAAGAGUGGUGAUGGGAGCGAUGGCGAAAACUUGGAACAGUGUACGCAGUUGUUUCGGGACCAAUUUAAUCAUGUGAAUGUUUUUACUUCGCUGAAAGUGAAGGAGAUUUCUUCUAGGUUGGUCGGAAUUGAGACUUCUAUUAUAAAUUAUAAGAAAAGGUUCCCACAGUCCGAAGGUAAGGAUGUGAGGAAUAAAAAAUUACAAUCUAGGCAACUGAAGAUAGUUGGAUCUCACCUGGAUAAUUGUAGCUCUGAGUUGCAAAGGUUGUCUAGGUAUUUGAUUCUGCAAAAGAUUGCCCUGGGGAAACUGUUCAAGAAAUUUGUUAAACACUACCCAGUGGGUGCUGCAGAGGCUCAAGCUUACAUUCAAAAAAUCCGUGAUUUGCCUGAGGUAACUGCUGGUUAUGAUGGGAUUUCCUUUACAAGUGUUGAUUUGGAUCCUUAUCUCCUGGAAAUUUCAUUAAUAGUCAAUAUCCUAAACGAUUUCCAAUUGAAACUUUCAAAUGAUAAAUCUUAUAAUGAGGAUGAAGAUAUUAUAUCGCCUUCCAAGAAGAAAGUGGACUCUUCACUUGCUUUUGAUCGCGCUGUAUUGGCGAAUGCAAGUUUGCAGAAAUUUUUAGUGUCUACCGAGAACAUUGAGGAGUUCAAAUUCAUGAUUUUGAAUCACGGUUUCCACAUGCUAGAUGAUGAGAUUAUUUCUACUUCAAAGGGGAUCAGAGACACGGCAGAGAGCAUCCCUUCCAUGGAUGCUAAGUCUAUCAAGUCCGCUAGGUCUUUCAUGGCUUUACAGCAAGCAAUCACCUGCCAACAGGCUCAUCAUCCAGUCGAGACACCUACCUCGAAUUUACAUGGCCAGGAUUCUGCUGCCAAGAAUCAGCCUUCUGCAUCAUCUUUGCAUCGCAGUCAGCCGCAUCUUUCUUUGUCCAUCUUAGAUAACAAGAGUCAGCCAGCUUUCUUGGAAGAUAAUAAUGUUAAUCAACAUCCAAACCUUAUUAUGGUUUCAGAUGAUGACGACAGCCAUUGUAUUUUGAUGUGUCAUGUGGGUGGUUUGAGAGAUCAUUUAGAGACUACAGAUUUUGGAUUCGCUGAGCUGAAGAAACUGAUGUCUGGUGAACCGAUCCAUGAAGAAAGCUCAACCAUGCAAAACUCCGUCAUGUCAAAAUCUGCGAUUGAAUGGGUCCAAUCCCGUCAUUUGAGGCCAGUGGGCCCCAGAAUCGACUUUAAGAGAUCAAGAUUCAUUUGCAACGAAGAAAAUUCCAUUUACUUGCUUUCACUGGAUGAAGGUGUUACAACGGGAAGUGGCAGCACAGUACCACACACAUUUGUGCAGCUCACAAAACUGCCCGCGACUACUGCUUCUGCUAACAAGGACAAGAAAUUAACUGAACUUUGUGACGCAUUGAUUGAAAAUAAGACCCAGUCGUAUCCAUUAUCCCCUCACAUCACAUUGUGGAAAAUUUGUUUCGAGCUUUAUCGCUCACAUAAUCUGCAGGCAGAUUUGUUUAAAUUCUUGUUGAAAGACGAAUACGAUAUUGAGGAUGCAGCUUUGAAUAGCGAGGAAUUUUUCUUGUUGGGUAGGGACUCUACUUUGAAGAUGUGCUCUGAGAAAUUGAUCUCAGGGUUUGAAAGCGAGGGCAAUAACAGGAGACAAAGUGUCAUACGCGCAAAGCCAAAGGUGCAACAGGCCAUUGAAAAGCCUAGGGUUCGUUACUGGAACGAAUUUGAUGAUGAUCCUGAGUUUCAUGAUACCGGAUUCUACAUCAACGAUAACAAUGGUUCUCAAACUGAUGAGGAGAGAAAUCCAGAUUUUGAUAGUGGGUUUAUUCUCUUUAACAAGCAUUUUAUCACAUCCGCCUACAUUUUAUGUCAGAGAAUUAAAGGACUGUUUGGCUUGCAGGAUAGGAGAGCACUAUUGGGCCAUGUAAAUAACUAUGGUUCCAUUAGUAGUGCAUCCACCACUAAUUCAUUCGACGAAAUGCAAGCCUACCUCACGGCUACUGAUGAAUGUGGUGACAGUGAUUCAGUUUACGAAUACAAACACGAUCAAGUGAUCACUUUCAUGUACCUAUCAUCUUUAUUCACAGGUUGUGUCACUGCUGGUAUUUCCUUGGGUAUUGUUCUGGCUUUGUUCCAUAAGGAAGGAUCUCAAGCCGAUUUGGAAGUUGCCGAUCUCUUAGUGGCGAUGAUUGCUAUCUCAUUGGUGAUCUCUCUAGUCCUUAUCUGCAUCAGUCUCUUGUUACUUUUUAGCAGGUUCAAUUUAGCCCCGGCUUGGCAUUACAUCACCUGCUUCAUUCUGUUCCUAGUCGUCAUAUUCACCGUUUGUUAUGGUUUCACAGAGAUUUUCUUCUAG